UGACCACUAGUUUUUGCUGCCGCGUCAUACGACGCUAAACGGGGUUUCAUAUCUUCAUUCCGAAAUUCGAUUUUGGUUUGGCCUCCUUUCCGCAGUUGCCAAUUUGCCAUUGUCAGGAAAUUGUGUUUAGAAAAUAUAUGCUCAUAGUCAUAUCUGCAUUUCUGACAAUUGUCAGAUUUCACUCAGUUAAAACUAUGCGGUCGUAUGGGAGUUUUGACUUUGGGGCAAGGCUUUGAAACUCACAGUUAAUGACACCAUGUGAGGGUGCUAUCUAAGUCUUCAGGGAAUCCAACACAACUUGCAACUAGCUGAUAAAAAAGACCCUCUUUUUCCAGCAAUCCCAAAUUAUCAUUUUGGCCAAAUUUACAUAAAUUAGUCUCAUUUUCAAUCAUCACUAGCUAUGACUUGUAUUCCCUGCUAGAUUCCUUUGCAAUUUCCCCCUUAAAUUUAUAAUAUAAUACUUGGUUAACUUCCUUUCCCUGCAUGUCUGUCUCCUUGUCUUUAUUUAGUCCAUGGUGCUGCUAUAGUCCUUGUGCUGCUACAGUCCUAGGCUCAUAUUUCCCUAUCCUGUUUCAAUCCCUGUCUGUCUGCUUGAGGUGUGUACAAGGUCACUGCUUGGUAUAACAAUCUUCCUACUUUCUACCAUGAAAUCAAUUUAUUAAAGAGGAAAUGAUUGAUUGGCCCAACUUUAAAUAAGUAUUUCUUCUUGGAUCUAAGGUUAGCUCUACUUGAAGACCCUGCCCACCACAUUUUGGCCCACAAAGUACAGGCUGAUAACUUUUUUUGGUGGAUAAAGUUUGUUCAUUCUACUCCCAUGUUUUCCUGCCCACAUGGUUUGAUUCCCUCCACCUUGCUCUGCAUUUGUGGGGUUUGAGAAGAAAAGAUUGCAGCAACCAGCAGCAUCUAUCCAAUCACCUUGUUCAACCCCUAUUCCCUAGCCUGUCAUUCAAAGCGAAACUAAGCAAAAUACGACUUUUCAGGACUUCUACUCACAACCCACCUGAAAAAUCUCUAUAGAAGCUUGUUGGGAUGUUUUGUCCUGGUCUGUUCCUUUUGUGUUUGGGGCACUCACUUGAGUAAGUCGGCAUAAACUAAGAUAAAUCACUGUGAAUACACUUGCUUUCUGCUUUUGAUCACGACAAUCUUACAAAGAGAAGCAAACCGUUUCUUAUUUACACAUUUCUGAAUACAGCUGCCUCAGUAUCCAAUAGGUUUGUGACCCUUGUCUUUUCUGCAAAUAUUCGAGCCAUUGGCCCAUUACACUGUAUCUUUAGGGGGCCAUCUUAUUGGAUUCUCUUAAGCUGUAAUGGGGAUUGUGCCAUAUGACUGUAAUGUAGUGUAAUGAAAAAUACUCACUGGUAAGACACUAUUCUGUGACGCUAUCUUGCAAAUGGGCAUGCUUGCUGUUGUUUCCUAGCACAUGCAUACUAUUUGGUUGUAUCGAAAUGUUGCUGGGUCAAGACAAGGAAAGCCCAUUUGGAAAAAAAUUUCUUAGGUCACAAGAUCUUUGAGGGAAAGGAUAUUAACAUUGAAGAGUUGUAUUCUCAAGAAGGGUUUGGGUAGAAUCAAUCUGGUCUUUUGUUGAGGAAGAAGCAGAGACGUGUUUAAAUACCAUUUGGAAACCAAGACCUUGUCAAACAAUGGUUUCAAACAAGGAUGGGAGGUUAAAUACGGAAGUAAGCAAAUGAAGAUGGCUGGUUUGUUCUAUCUUCAGCAAUCAAAGCUCGGCGCUUUCUUUCUUAUGCCCAAUGAGUGCAAGCACUUGAGAGACUUUAUGAUUGAACAUCCUAUUCUUUGAAGGACCAGGCAACAUUUCCUACUGGACAUUUCUUAUUUUUAGUUUAAAAUAAAGAUGGAGAAAAAACAUAGCUUUUUCUCAGAGGUAGUUAGAGGCCUGUCCCCAGGCAAAUCUAGAUCAAGUAGUCCGAACAGCAGAAGUGUAUCUCCUCUGAGACUACUCAGGCGGAACAAGCAGCAAUCACAGCCUCAGAAUGACCAACUGAUGGCAAGGUCCGGAAGCCUGAGACCUAUUGGAGAGACCCUAGCCCCUCUUAUGGAAGGACCUAAUACUGAAGGCUUUGAGGGUGAGGGCAAAAAAGAAGGAUGGAGUGGUUUGCAUAAUUGGAUGAGAGGACAACUUUCUAGAGCACCUUCCGUGUCUGGCUACAAGCGGUCUGAUCUUCAGCUUCUUCUAGGUGUUUUGGGUGCUCCUCUUGCUCCCGUGCGUGUUAGCAGUGAUCCUCUUCCUCAUCUCAGCAUCAAGAACAUUCCCAUUGAGUCCUCCUCUGCUCAGUAUAUUCUCCAGCAAUACAUAGCAGCCUCAGGAGGGGCGAAAUUUCAAAGUUCUAUCCGAAAUGCCUAUGCUAUGGGAAAAGUGAAGAUGUUGGCAUGUGAAUAUGAAACAGCCACAAAAUUGAUGAAGAAUAAAAAUGCUUCCAAAGCUGCUGAGACUGGUGGAUUUGUACUAUGGCAGAUGAUGCCUGAUAUGUGGUAUGUAGAGCUAGCGGUUGGAGGCAGCAAAGUUCAUGCAGGAAGCAAUGGAAAGAUAGUUUGGAGACACACACCAUGGCUUGGUGCCCAUGCGGCAAAAGGGCCUGUCAGGCCUUUGCGUAGAGCUCUUCAGGGCUUGGAUCCAAGAACCACUGCAAGCAUGUUUGCCGAUGCAAGAUGUAUUGGGGAAAAGCAAAUCAAUGGAGAAGACUGUUUUAUUCUGAAACUUUGUGCAGAUCCUUCAACUUUGAAGGCCAGAAGUGAUGGCCCUGCGGAGAUCAUAAGACAUGUUCUCUUUGGCUAUUUUAGCCAGAGAACUGGACUUCUUGUCCUUAUGGAGGAUUCUCAUCUCACACGAAUUCAAUCGACUGGAAGUGAUGCUGUAUAUUGGGAAACCACCAUAAAUUCAUUUCUUGAAGAUUACAGAUCUGUGGAUGGAAUGAUGAUUGCCCAUUCAGGCCGGUCUAUUGUUACACUCUUUAGAUUUGGAGAAACUGCAAUGAGCCACACCAAAACUCGCAUGGAGGAAGCGUGGACUAUAGAAGAAGUAGAAUUCAAUGUGCCUGGAUUGUCUAUGGAUUGCUUUAUUCCUCCUGCGGACAUUAUGUGUGGUUCUGUCAGUGAAGCCAGUGAGUUGCCUCAAGAAGAAAGAGGCAAAUCCAUGGCUGGAAGCAACCGCAAUAAGGUAGCUGCAUUGGAGAAACCUCAAGAAAAAGCUGAUAACAUCAUUUGGAGAGUAGAAGUCUGAUUGUCCCUUUUCAUGUGUAAUGAACCCUUCCAUUUACACGAGCAAUUAAUUGAGACAACAUUACUAAUGUUUCCCAAAAUACAAGUUAUCUUUCAAGCCAAUCUAACCUGCUUCAGAAUGCCUAAGAAGUCACAUACAGAGUAUAAACCUUCACAGGCUGUGUCUCAGGGCUGGUAAAUGUUUAUACUCUGAAUGCAGAAGCUCUGCUUACAUCUUGAUCUUUGUUUGGCCAUGACACGUUGAAGCAGUGUACCAUAUCUGAGACAUAUAACUCUUCUUGCUUACAGAACUAACCUUAUACGGGAGGAAGUUUGGGACUGACAAAUAUGCAUGCAUCAGCAAAUAAUAGCUCCGCAUGCAGCUUUGAUUUCUAUAUGUUUGCUAAGCAGGCUUGGCAUUUCUCAAAGUUGUGAAAGCUUUUUUUUUUUUCAGGUCAUUAGUAGUUUGUGGAGUAUGAUUUCUCCCCCGCUGGGCGUAAAUGGUUGUCAUGUUAUCAAUAAAUGAGGUCCCAGUGGUCUGGAGGAACUAAAUGUGGGUGGAAUUUUUUAUGCCCUAUUUGUAUGUCUUGAUUUGUAUGGGAUCUUUAACAAAGUAGUGGCUGGCUAUAAUUGUUCUGACUUAAAAAGGUCACAAAAAGACUCAAAAUACUGUGUAAAAAUUAUUCAGACAUAUUUUCCAAAUAGUAUAAUUUUCUUUGGA